AUGAACUUUAUGAAGGACACGCUGGAUCUGGACGUGCUGAACUAUCUGGACAGGGAUGAGGUGCCCGCGGACAUGAUGGAUAUGGGCAUGAUGGAUAUGAAUAUGGACGACCCUGUGCUGUUUAACCAGAACACAGACACCAAUGUACAGAUGUCAGAUGACUACCUGGCGGAGUUUCUACAGGAAACAGCUGAUACAAACGCGAAUACAAACAUGAAUACGAAUACAAACAUGAAUACGAAUACAAACAUGAAUACGAAUACAAACAUGAAUGCAAAUACAAAUACAAAUGCAAACACAAACACAAAUACAAAUACAAAUACAAAUGCAAACACAAACACAAACACAACUGCCAAGAAGGUGAAUUACGGGAGACUGGCUCCUAUUGACACGCAAUAUGUGAACCCGGCUGAUUUUGUGGAUAUCAGGAGCGAUUCGCUGCCUCAUAUGCUGUCGGUUUCCGGGCUGCCACAGGUGUCGCGUGUGGAGAACCAGCUGAAGUUGGACUUUGAGCUGUCGCCACAGGCAAACUUGUCCGACAUAUACCUGUCCUCGGACUGUAUAGCCAGGCAGAAGUUCUACCUGGAGAAAAACAUAGAAGAGUACCCACAGGAGUUUAGGAACUCCCUGAUAUACCUGGACGCUUUCCUGAUAUGCGCCACAAACAGGAAGUCCAUCGACGUGUGUACAAAAUGUGUCAGGAGAGAACAGCGGAGAGCCGCACGUAGGAAAUCCGGUAUCAGUGAUAACAUGCUGUGGUGCAAUAACCCAAACAGAAGAGCAGUGAUAUUCAACAACAAACAAAUCGUAAAAACCUCAGUAAAUCCUCAAACAGGCAAUCAAGUAUUCUCCCUAACUACAAGAAUUGUAUGCUACUGCAGACACCAUAAGUCUUUGGAAGGCUUCAAGAUCUUGUUUGUGCUAAAGAACAGCAAUAAUGACAUCUUGGCCAAAAGUAUAACAAGUGCAAUAAUGAUAACGGAUAGAAAAUUGUUCUUCAAUAACACAAACGGAGGCAUGGGAGAAGUAGGUAUGUCUCUUUCAAACGAUGGUAUGAACACAUCAAGACAACAGAUGGGCACAGACAAUGAGGACACAGAUACUUCAAACCAUAAUAUAAUAUACUCAGAGACUGCUGUAGAGUCUUCUGGAGCUACGUCAGCUACUGAGUUCCAAGCGAUGAGAAAGGAUUCUGUGGUUCAGCCUACGCCUAUGCAAAACGUAUCUACUAAUGGUUUAUUGCCACCAAAUGCUCAGAAGUUCCCUGAAAAUAUGUCGAUGAAUAUACCUAUGGAUAACUCAUUUAACCUGUCAAAGAAGAAGGGUCACAUUCCUUCUCCAACUUCGAUGAGUGAAGACGGAUCCGAAUCCCAAGGUCUGAUGAUGUCAGCUUUUGGAACAACAAGCAGUAGAGUGCCUAUGGUAAAUAACGAGAGGAAGCGUUCCAGAAUACAUUUAGAUAACACAAAUAUGACACCAAGCCAAAAUAUCUCUAGAUCCAUGUCUAGAACGUCGAUGUCAAGUAAUUAUCAAUCUGCAGCAUCUCCAAGUCAAUUUUCAACAAAUCAAAUCAUCAGCUCUAUGUCUGAUAUCAAUAUCAAGAACUCACCUAAUAGCUCAACGAUGCUAAGUGAAGUGCCAAUAAUUCAUAAGGUCAUUCCAUCACAAGGUCCUAUAAAUGGUGGUAUUGAAGUUACUUUACUUGGUGUUAGAUUCAAGGAAGGACUAAUAGUGAAAUUCGGCGAUAACCUGGCCCUAUCAACUGAAUGCUGGAGCGAUUCUACCAUUAUCACUUAUCUACCACCAGCAUUAAAUGCUGGACAAGUGUACGUUACGGUUACUGACCCUAACGGCACAGCAGAGCAACAGAUGAUAUCGAACCAACUUAAAAAGGCAAUUUUCACUUAUGUGGAUAAUACAGAUAGGCAGCUAAUUGAAUUAGCACUUCAAAUUGUGGGUCUAAAGAUGAAUGGUCGUCUUGAAGAUGCUCGUUUCAUUGCCAAGCGUAUUGUCGGCAGUGACGGGUCAUCACCAGGACUUCAAGGUUCCAAUAACAACUCGCCAAAUAACAUCAACUCGAAUGGACAAUACUCAAUGGAUAACCAAGUCAAAUACUCGGAUGAAAUAUUAAUUACAAAAGUUGUCAAAAACCUAAAUACGACGUCCAAUUUGUCUAUGUGUGAUAACCUCGGAAGGACAUUGCUGCAUCUGGCCUCUUUGAAGGGAUACUUUAAACUUGUUUCUACUUUGAUUAAAAAAGGCGCCAGAAUUGAUGAUAAAGAUUCAUUUGAUUUCACUCCACUACACUUUGCUUGUGUCAGCGGUGAUGUCAAGAUUAUUAGAAUACUGCUAGAUUGUGGUGCCGAUAAGAACAGAAAGACUAAGCACGGACUACUACCAUUAGAAUUAUUCGAGAUAAACCAUGGUUAUGGGGAGAAAGAACAUUCUGAUCACAUGACAGAGGUUGUUAAGAUGUUCACCGAGGAUGAAAGUGCAGAAAGUGGUAUGGGUAGAAAGUUAUCAACAUCAAGCUUCAACUCAAGUAUUUUUGAUUCAGAAUCAUUGCAAUCCGAGAAUGCAAACAGCCAUGAUAAUGAAAUUGAUAAUGAAUACCCAGUUUACUCUGAUGGUUCUGAUUACGAGGAUAGCGAUUAUGAAGAAGAAGAAGACGAAGAUAGCGAUCUGCUCCCUAUUGAGCAAGCACAUGUUACUAAUGAGCAAUGCGAUGAACAUGAGCCAGGUAAUGAAACUCAUAAAACGGAAGAAUCUGCCAUCGAUAAUACAAAUAAUGAAUCCCUAUGGAAUAGAGUCUUGCACAGAAUUAAUGAUGACCUACCGAAAUAUGAAGACUUAUUCCCUCGUGCAACAGAUGAAGGCGAAACUAGUCUCACUAAGACUGAGCAAUCGAGAUCCGGUGCUGCAGUUCUACAAAGAGAUAUAUCUCACACUGAAGAUUCUCAGGGAUCAUCAGAGGAUGAAGAAGAGGCUCUUCAACGUGGUUUUAACAAGUUCUUCCAAAAUAGACAAAAUUUCCAGAAUGAUAAAAUGCUUUUGUUUUUCUGGAUACCGUUGACUCUCGUACUUAUGACAUGGUUCAUAUUCUUCAACUUUGGCUGGCGUGAUAACACCAUACAGUAUUUCAGUAACUUGUUAACGCACUAUGUUAGAAUCGGAUUGGCAAAGAUUCUGCUAGGUAAUGAAAGAAUGAAAACGGCAUUCAGGGAGCAAUUUUCAAACUUCCAAUCAACUGGUAUACUAAAUGAUUUGAUAGUUGGAUAA